AUGAGCAAACGAAAUAGACAAGAUUUUGAAAAUUAUCAUCAAUUUAUUAAUUCGGAGGAAAUAUUCACUAACAAUUUUAAUAUUAUGGAAGAGAAGGCAAAAAAGAGUGUGAAAUUCCAACAAGAAAUAUUUUCAGAUGAUGUUUGUUUUGAAAUAAUUUCCAUGAUUGAUGAUUCAUGGUUUAUUUUAAAUAAUUGUUGUUUAAUUUCAAAACAAUUCUUUAAUGUGAUCAAGGAACGUUCAAAACUUGUUAUUCAAUUUAACAAAAAAUUUACAAAGAAACGAGUUCAAUUAUUCAUGAAAAGUCAAUUCAUGAAUAGUAUUGUUAAUCUUAAAGUUUCUCGCCGGUUACUUGACUCUUUAGAACAACCCAAAUUCAUAAGUGAAAUGAAACAAUUAACAUCACUUAAUAUUUCUGACAAUCAAAUUGGCUUAGAAGGAGCCAAAUACAUCAGUGAAAUGACACAAUUAACAUCACUUGAUAUUAGUGUAAAUCGAAUUGGUGUUGAAGGAGCUAAAUUCAUAAGUGAAAUGAAACAAUUAACAUCACUUGAUAUUAGUGUAAAUCGAAUUGGUGUUGAAGGAGUUAAAUUCAUAAGCGAAAUGAAACAAUUAACAUCACUUGAUAUUUCUGACAAUCAAAUUGGCUUAGAAGGAUCCAAAUACAUCAGUGAAAUGACACAAUUAACAUCACUUGAUAUUAGUGUAAAUCGAAUUGGUGUUGAAGGAGCUAAAUUCAUAAGUGAAAUGAAACAAUUAACAUCACUUAAUAUUAGUGUAAAUCGAAUUGGUGUUGAAGGAGUUAAAUUCAUAAGUGAAAUGAAACAAUUAACAUCACUUGAUAUUUCUGACAAUCAAAUUGGCUUAGGAGCCAAAUACAUAAGUGAAAUGACACAAUUAACAUCACUUGAUAUUUCUGUAAAUCGAAUUGGUGAUGAAGGAGCUAAAUUCAUAAGUGAAAUGAAACAAUUAACAUCACUUGAUAUUUGUGACAAUCAAAUUGGUGUUGAAGGAGCCAAAUUCAUAAGCGAAAUGACACAAUUAACAUCACUUGUUAUUACUAGCAAUCGAAUUGGUGUUGAAGGAGCUAAAUUCAUAAGUGAAAUGAAACAAUUAACAUCACUUGAUAUUUCUGGCAAUCGAAUUGGUGAUGAAGGAGUUAAAUUCAUAAGUGAAAUGAAACAAUUAACAUCACUUAAUAUUAGUGUAAAUCGAAUUGGUGGAUGA